GCUGUACUCACUCCGAUUUUUACUGUGGAAAACAGACGGUUGGGUUGAGGGUCUGAAUCGUGUCGCAGUACAGGUCCUCCAGCUGUUUCUCAUCUGCAUUCAUUUCGGGUGUCUUUUAUGAAUAAUCAAAAGCAGCAAAAGCCAACGCUAACCGGCCAGCGUUUUAAAACUAGGAAAAGAGAUGAAAAGGAGAGAUUUGACCCUGCCCAGUUUCAGGAAAGCAUUGUACAAGGUUUGAAUCAAACUGGCACUGAUCUGGAAGCAGUAGCAAAGUUCCUUGAUGCCUCUGGUGCCAAGCUUGACUACCGUCGCUAUGCAGAGACUCUCUUUGACAUCCUGGUGGCUGGUGGAAUGCUGGCCCCAGGUGGAACACUUGCCGAUGACGUGACCCGCACGGAGUUCUGUCUCUUUACAGCACAAGAAGACCUGGAGACCAUGCAAGCGUAUGCUCAGGUUUUUAACAAACUUAUCAGGCGCUACAAGUACCUGGAGAAAGGGUUUGAAGAGGAGAUCAAGAAGCUGCUGCUGUUUCUGAAGGGUUUCACUGAGUCAGAGCGCAACAAGCUGGCCAUGCUUACAGGCAUACUCUUGGCCAAUGGGAACAUAUCAGCUUCAAUCCUGUGCAGCCUCUUCAAUGAGAACCUUGUCAAGGAAGGUGUGUCUGCAGCCUUUGCUGUGAAGCUGUUUAAGUCAUGGUUGAAUGAGAAGGACAUUAACUCUGUUGCAGCCAGUCUCCGGAAGGUUGGCAUGGACAAUCGACUGAUGGAGCUGUUCCCUGCCAACAAGCGCAGCUGUGAGCACUUCUCCAAGUACUUCACUGAUGCUGGGCUUAAGGAGCUGUCUGAUUUUGCCCGGAACCAGCAAUCCAUCGGGGCACGGAAGGAGCUGCAAAAGGAGCUCCAGGAGCAGAUGUCCCGUGGAGAUCCGUUCAAAGAUAUCAUUGCUUACGUGAAGGAGGAGAUGAAGAAGACUAACAUCUCAGAGCAGACGAUGAUUGGAAUUGUGUGGAGUAGCGUGAUGAGUUCGGUGGAGUGGAACAAGAAGGAGGAGCUAGUCACAGAACAAGCCAUCAAACACUUGAAGCAAUACAGUCCCCUCCUGAAGGCCUUCACCUCCCAGGGCCUGUCAGAGCUCACCCUGCUGCUGAAGAUCCAGGAAUACUGCUACGACAAUAUCCAUUUCAUGAAGGCCUUUCAGAAGAUUGUGGUGCUGCUCUACAAAGCGGACGUGCUGAGUGAAGAAGCAAUUUUGAAGUGGUACAACGAUGCCCACGUACCAAAAGGCAAGAGUGUUUUCCUCGAGCAAAUGAAGAAAUUUGUCGAGUGGCUCAAAAAUGCAGAAGAAGAAUCAGAGUCUGAGGAAGAAGAGGCAGACUGAAACCUUCCCCUAAGAUGUUUUAAACAGUAGCAGGAUCAGUAGAUAUUUUUUUUUUUUUUUUUUUUUUUUUUUUUGUUUUGUU